AUUUUGGCCCGAGCGGGGGAGGGGCUUCCGCACCGCGGCCUCUGCGAUGACCGCGGAGGCGCCGCAGCCGCCCUCGCAGGCCAUCGGGGCCCCCUGCGACGGCGACGACUGCGAUGCCGACGAGGAGCAGCAGCUUGUUUCGGGGGCGGCGGCGCCCUGGCGGCGAGCUCCAGCGCGCCACCCGCGCGAGGGCAGGCGGCCACCAGGUGUUUGCUGCUGACCUGCGUCUGCGUGGCGGGCGGCCUGAUCGGAAGAGAGGCGGCGCUGAAGCCGAAGGCACAGGCCGCCCAGGCCGGCGCCGCCCACUCUGGCGCUGCCCAGGCUGGCGCCGCCCAGGCGGCGGGGGCGGGCACGCACUCGCAGCGAAGGCCACUGCUUCAAGGUUACCGAAAAGUCAGUACGAGGUGCUCUACGGCAGCUGCGCGUGUGACUUGCGGGAGUUGGAGUGUCUUCCUGCCACUGAGUGCUUCGAUUCGACAAUGAAAGAAGCAAAUGAGCACAUCGCACUGGGAGUGAAGAUUCGCAAAGCUCUGAAGGCUACUUACAUCAAGAGGAGCGGGCACAUACGCUCAGGUCAGGAUCAGAUCAGCAUGCCCCCUUUUUUUCCGUUGGGGAAGCAAAUUACGUAUGGACCGAUCAAGGAUUGGAGGCAGUGGGUGAAGGACGGCGUAUUGGCCUCCUCCAUGGGUACGCAAACUUACAAAAAAUUCAUUGAUCCAUCUCGGUUUCAAUACUGCCUAGACAACAACUUAAGCGGUUCAACAUGUUUUUGGAAAGAUUUCUUCUUGGACGAGGAGCUCGGCAGCAUUGAAGAAGACGCUUUGGCUCAUGUCGGAUCCAAAGCCAACCUCUCAGAUAUUCAGAACAUCAGCGCGGAUCUGGAACGGUUUCGCACGCAGGCGUCGUCGUCCGCUAAUGUGGACUCCUUCGCUGACUCGUACUUGCUGACGUUGUCACAUAUUGCACUGAUCCACUUCAACCGUCAACCGAGCUUGACAGCAUCGUUUGAGCAGCAUCUUGCAAUCAUAAAUCCCGGCGUGGGCAAGCUGAGAGUUAGCUUGCACAUACGGCGCGCGGAUGCGUGCAGUGGGCUGGUCAGCAAAGGCUACCUGGAGCACGCUUCGCCCAUCGAUGAGCACGCCCAGAUGACGAACGUCCGGUUGUGUUACCACACCAAAGUCUACGUAAACGCCCUGCACCGCAUCCGGAAUUUGUACGGUCGUCCGCUUUCGGUCUAUGUAGCCUCGGACGACGGUAAAUCGAUCUUAGAUGAGAUUCGACAGCUUGACAGCGACUUCUACGAAGGCACCGCUUGGUAUCACCUGAACUUCUCCCGGGCGGCCUUGAAGUAUGUAGGCAGCGUUGAGGGGCAGAACGAGUCGACGAACGGGUUUUUGGGGGAGACGGCGGCCGCAGACGCCUGGCUUCUGAGCCACGGCGACGUGUUUGUGGGGCACAUGGGGUCUCGCUUUACCAAGGGUGCAUAUCUCCUGGCCGCUGCACGACACAACAUCCCAAUCCCGUAUAUCUCCGUGGACGGCCACAAUUAUUGCUGCCAGAAUGACGAGCAGUGCUCCAAGGCGACCGCGGCUCUCACAGGUAUCGUUGACUGCCUCACGUUCAGCCCUGAAAUUUCGGGGCAGAGAAAUAAGGGCAACUAUUGGAAAGACGGUGUCACCAUUCGAUGGAACAAGACUCGUUAAAAAUUGCGUUCGCACACGCAUGCGCAGGCGUAUCCCCAGGCAAAUUGUCGGGAGAAGAGGAGUAGACAAGCGUACAGUGAAACAGUGAGACAAGGGGGGAACACAUUUGCAGCCUAGCCCGAGCAACCCCAACAAUGGUAAGCAUGGGGAUCGACUUCAGGGGCUCCUUAGGAGGAUGUGGAGGAGGCCACCGAAGCACAGGAAGCGUUGAAUCUCGAUCCGCGAGGCUCGAGGUUCGACCAGGCAGUUUGGGGUCACCGAUUCGGGGCUGUCACUUCGCAUCUAUGGCCUUCGUUUCCGUGGGUCCACGCUGAUCAGUUCACCGCGGUGCGCCCGGCCGCGCGACCAGAAUGGCUCCGAAGGGAAGGAAUCCUGGAACCUCUAUCUUUCAGCCUGGACCUUCAGCCGUGGCCAUGGCGAGGGCCUCCGAAGGACACAAGGCCUUCGUUAUCGUUCCUUGCUGCCUGAAGUUCGAAGAAGCAUCUGGCCGUCACAGCUACGAGCGGCAGCAGAGGCCCAGUCAAACGAACAGGUUGGCCCGUGAACGGGCGGAACACGAUUUGGAAAAUCAGAAGCAGUGCGACCUGCAUGCAUGAUGUGAAGGACAUGCUCGACGAGUGAGCAAGCUGUGUGUCACUGCGCAGAG